AUGGAAGAGUCUGAUGCAGAGGGAUAUGUGUACUCUGAGGAAGAAUCUGAGAGUGAGAGAUUGAGGGAGGAGAGGAGGACCAAGAAGAGGAAUGACCCCAUUAGUAGUGAGAGUGAGCAAGGGGAGUUUGAGAUUGGAGUGAACCUUGUUCAAGAGGAGGGUAAUGGCUCUCCAAGUGAAGAAGGAAGUGAUGAGACUGAGAGUGAAGAGGAAGGAGAAGAGGUGAAUCAGUUGGUUGAAGAAGUGAGCAAGAAAGUAACCAAGAUGAACCUAUGGAGGAGUUGA